AUGCUGCUCGUGUGUCUAGACAUCAUGCCGCGGUUGAAUGGACGGACGAGGGAGUGUUCUUUAUCGAUAAAAGCAAGGAAGGUACACUGGUUAAUGGCAAACGAGUAA